UUUAAGUGUCAGUUAUCUAUUUAUUGGACACUUGCUAAAAAUUUAAUUGUAGGUUAUCCAUUUAUAUUUCGUACUGCUUAACCUAUGUUAGUCAUCUGAUAUCUGAUACAGAAUCCGGUUGUAAAUUUUUUCUUAUUUAUAAUUUAUAUUGUUAAAUUAACAAUUUUAUGUAUGUUUAAGAAUUUAUCUAAUAAUGCAUCGAUCUAUACUCGUGGCAUUUGACUUUGAUCAUACGAUUACCGAUGAUAAUACUGAUAUCGUGGCUCGAAACCUGUUACCUAAGGAAAAAAUAACAGACAACGUGAAGAAUUUGUAUCGUUCUAGUGGUUGGAUCGCAUAUAUGACAAAAAUAUUUGAAUUGCUCCAUAGUAAUUCCAUCGAUAUAAAACAAAUCAAAACUGCUAUCGUUAAUAUACCUCCUGUAUCGGGUAUUGAAACUCUAUUAAAAGAAUUAUAUGUUCGAGGGUACGAAAUUAUUAUUAUUAGUGAUUCAAAUACAUUCUUUAUUAAUGAAUGGUUAAAAAACAGAAAUUUAAAUAAUAUUAUUACUCAAAUAUUCACAAAUCCUGCAUACGUCGGUGAUGAUGGUAUGAUAAAAUUAGACAUGUACCAUGUUCAAAAUUCUUGCAAAUUGAGCACUGUUAAUUUAUGUAAAGGACAAAUUUUGGAAGAUUAUAUUAAAAAAAGAAACAAUGAAAACGUAUAUUUUGAUCGAAUAAUAUACAUCGGAGAUGGAAAAAAUGAUUUGUGUCCUAUUUUACGACUUUCGGAACGUGAUAUCGCAUUUCCGCGAGAAGAUUAUGUACUUAUGAAAAUAUUAAAUAGUACUGAAAAUAAUCAGAUUCCAAAAAUAAAUGCACGUAUAUUUCCAUGGAACGAUGGUAUACAAAUUUUAAAAAAAUUAGAGGAAGAAAUUGGAUUUUCUUAAUCUUUUUUAUAAUUUAAAGAGUAGUAUGAAUAAAAUGUUCAUAUUCUUCUUAUAUCAAUUAAAGAUCAAAUA